AUGUCCAACAAGCCGACAGCUCUGAUUACUGGCUGCUCUGAGGGCGGAGCCGGGCAUGCCCUCGCUCUAGAAUUCGCAGCCAAAGGCUAUCGAGUCUUUGCGACCGCUCGAUCCACCAAAUCGCUCGCAGGCCUUCAAGAAAAAGGCAUCGAGCUUCUGACGCUUGACGUGACCAACUCGGAGAGUAUAUCUGCUCUCAAGGACGAGAUAACAAAGCGAACGGGAGGCAAGUUGGAUAUUCUGUUUAAUAAUGCUGGAAUGAUGUACGAGGCCCCCGCCAUCGAAGCCGACAAGGAUCAAGUCCAGAACAUGUUCAAGACCAACGUCUUUGGUCUCUUCGACAUGGUCCAGGCCUUCACCCCACUGCUCAUCGCAUCGGUCGCCGGGUCAAAAACGACACCUACCAUCAUCAACACAGCGUCGAUUGUAGCGCGUGUACCUUAUUAUUUUACCGCCCAGUAUAACGCCACUAAAGCAGCAGUAGCCUCCUACUCUGACACACUACGUCUUGAACUUGCUCCCCUCGGCAUCAAGGUCAUCACUCUGUAUAUGGGAGUAGUUGCAACACAUCUCACGUCACCCGACAAGAAGCUUCUUUCUCCUGAUAGUAUCUUCAUUGAUGCCGAGGAAGGUCUGCGUGAGAGAUCUAGACUUCAUCUGAAGAAUGGUACCAAGCCCGAGGAGUUCGCACGGUCGGUGGUGAAGGAUGUGUUAAAGAACAAGACAGCUUUGAGCAAAGGGGAGUAUAUCUGGCAAGGAGCUAAUGCAUAUGUUGUUUGGCUUCUUAAUGCCAUUGGAUGGAGAAAGAUUUUUGAUGGGAUCUCCGAAGGAGGCGUUGGGCUUACCAAGGAUGUGAAGCAGGCAAUAUAUAAGAAAGGUCAGAGCAGUCUGCCAAAGGAUAGUUAG